AUGAAGGAUGAAGAUAUUCACGAAUACAGUCUGGAAAAACUGAUUAUCAUUCAAAUUGGAAAUAAUAUAGGUUCUGAUACUACUCGAAAAUAUUAUCCUAAAAAUUUAGUACAGAAGAUAAUCAAAAAUACACAACCAGCUGCCUUGUUGACAGAGGGCCCUGAGCUUUACAACCAUAUUCUUGAUCUGCAUGCUCUAGCAAGUACGGCAUCACGCCUGUACUCAGCAGAUCUCGUCAAGAGAUUUUUCACUAAUGUUCUACAUUCCUUAAUCCAUGGGAUUUUUGUUGAUGACAGCGAUGUUUGUAGUCUAGAGAUUUGCUAUAAUCAUCUGAUUUUGUGGCAAAUUCUGGAAGCUAUUUCCAAAUCAAGUGAAGGCGUAAAGUUCACAGCUAGAGGGAUUUGUUUAGAAGCAAUAUCUCAAGAACUGAAGCUGAUGAACAACGAUAUUAGUCAGUUCUAUAAUGCAGAUGAGAUAGCAAUCCUCGAGACAACAGGCCCCUUCCAGAAGUAUAACGCGCCAAAGGAGACGCAAGGCUACAUAAAGCCUGGUUAUGGUCUCGUAGUCAUGUUGCAUGUGAUUGGUAGAAAGUACCAAUAUGGCAGUUUUGAUAUCUUCAAACAAAUUGGUGUUUUCUUUGUGCUGGCCACGCCUACCAAACUGAGAAUUUGGCGUAUGCAUAUGCCUUCAAAAAAAAUGUUCGGUUGGUAUGCCAACACACGCUCAGAGCUGAUUUCCAUCUUCCGGAAGACUAGUCCCGUAAAUUUAUUAUGA